AUCUAUACACAUACAUCUGCAUCAGCAGCAGAGCCGCCAAGCACGCCCGUGACAGAACAUAAUCAUUAUUAUUAUUAUUAUUAUUAUUAUUAUCAUUAUGUUCUAAAUAUUCGUGAUAACUGAUAACCUGUUAGUAUUAGUGGUGAAAGCAAAACACGGCCUCCAAGACAUGAAAUAUAGUUAUAAUAAAACAUACGAAUAUGAGGCCGAGACACCGAGUUUCGAGGAAUGCGCCGCUCGCAUAGCGAUUUCGCGUUCGAGUAGUGUUGGUGUGGAGGUACAAGAGCCAUUUCUCGCGCGCGUUUCAUCACAGGCAAUCCGUCAUCAUCGUCAUCGUGGUCGUCGUCGUCGAUUUCCGUCAACGACGGGACGAACGAUCGUUGUCGCUGAUCAGGUCUAAACGCUGUACGUUUACGUCUCGCAACAAACACGUGUUGCCUAGGUAGCCGAGGCUUAUUUUUUUUUUUUUUGGUUGUUGUCCUAUUGCUCAUCUCGUCCCCACAACGAUGGCCGUCGACUACUUGUUCGAUCCACGCACUCUGGCCGCCGCCACAGCCGCCGACGACGCGACCAGGGCCGACCAAUUGUCGGUCGACGACGCUGACUGCAAAUACCGAUUGCGACCCCUGUGUUUGACGGACUACGGACGUGGAUACUUGGACCUGUUGUCUCAACUGACUGUGACAGGAAACAUCACUCAGCAGAUGUAUUUGAAUACUUUUGACGCGAUGAAGAACAACAGUGGUACAUAUUACAUAAUCGUUGUUGAAGAUACUGAAGAAAACUGCAUUGUGGCUUCUGGUUCGCUGACUAUCGAAAAGAAAUUCAUACACCUCUGUGGACAACGCGGUAGAAUUGAAGACAUUGUUGUCGACUCUAACUGCAGAGGAAAACGUUUUGGGAAAAUUGUUGUUCAACGUCUGAUUGCUCUGUCACGUGUCCUAAAUUGUUACAAGAUUUCAUUGGAAUGUAAAGAUAGUAACGUGAAUUGGUAUAGCUCAAUGGGUUUUGUAAGAGAACCGGGAAACUCAAAUUAUAUGCAGAUAAGGUUUGAGCAACCAUCACAUUAAAUUUUGUUAUUUAUUUUAAACUGGAAUGAUUGUGUUUAAUGUAUGUGUAAUGUUAAUUUUUGAAAAAUACCAAUUUACAAAACGUUAUAAAUAUAACAAUAUUUAAAAAGCAUGAA